AUGAACGUUAGAAGAAGCCUUCAAGACGUCAUUCGAGAUGUCGGCAUUCAUCCGGUUUCUGAUCGUCAGCCUCCCCUUCCCGCGCCAACUCAGCCUGCAAUCUUCGCCAGCGAGGAGGAUCACACGUUAGCUCGCCAACUGUUAGUCGAACAGAGAGUGAGCGGCCCAGACUACCGAGAUCCCGGCAAAAAGUUGAAGCUCAUCUUCAGGAGCUCGAAAGAGAAAGAAAGGCUUCAAGACACGACUCAAUGGGACUUUUCGCAGGAUGAACUUGACCGCGCGCUAUCGGCAGCUAUCGACAAACCUGCAACACGCCCUGGUCUUAUCCAAGCCUUUCUCGACCUAGGAGCAAAAGUCAACUUCGUGGAAGUUGCGGAUCAAAAGAGCAAGGCGAAUAAGAAGGCAGUCAUUACUGACCGGAGACGAAGCACGGUUCUACAAAGAGCUGCGACUGUGCGACGAGCCGACUCGCUCAGUUUAUUGGCGGCUUCUGGCGCGGACCAGACCACUCUCGACGAAGGGCUCAAAGCUGCUCUUGCCGCAUACGACCACCCCUGUGUUCAGGAAUUGUUGCGACAUGGUGCAGACCUGAACAAGAGCCCAAACGCGUUAGCAGACGCUGUCAGGUCAAACGAUCAGAACUUUGUACGCUUGCUUUUAAGGGCACCAAAAGCCCUCCGCCCUGACAUCAUCUCUUCAUGUCUUCCAGCGGCUGUUCAGCAAAAAUCCGAGCCCAUCAUCUCGCUGCUGAUAACCCACGGUGCUGAUCCGAACUUCGACAACGCUAGUGCUCUCACUACUUCUAUUGCACGAUGCGGAUAUCGCACCUGCGUCGCACUUGUCGCUGGUCCAACUCCCCUGAAUUCCACGUCCCUCCAGGCCGCUUUUGAGACUGUGAUGAGGAUAUCAAGUGUGCAGGACCUUUGUCAGUUCUUGGAGCUUUUAUUCUGUUGUGGUUUGUCUCCAGCAAGCCCUAGAUUGACUGGCUUGCUCGCAGCUGCAUCCCAGCGCAAUGAUCUCCGCAUGGCGGAGAUGCUGAUCAAUUAUGGGGUGCCAACAACUGUCAAUCAAGCAGAGUGUUUAAAGAUAGCCGUUGCUAGGUCUCAUUGGCAACUGGCAGACAUUAUCAUAAAAACCUCGAUUUCGCCCGCUCAUGCAUCCAUGGCGCUGGACGUUGUACCUGAUGAUGCACCAAGAUCUGAGAGACUACACGUCAUCAGCACUUUGGUGGCCAAGGGUGGCAGCGGUGGUUCACUCGAACGAUGGCUUGUUCGCGCAGUUGAAGAGGGUGAUUCAGGACUCAUGGAUCUACUUCUGAACGCUGGCCAACCCCUCGGAACAGGUAACAACAGGGCUAUACAGGCUGCAGUAGCACGGAAGGAUGUUCGUAGUCUCCGCUUGCUACUAGCUUCUCGGCCAUCACCGCAGUCACUCGCGCAGGUGUUCCCUCUUAUCCGGUCUGGAUACACGGCAUCUGAACGACUCGAAACCGUACGCUUACUGUUGGAGAACGGUGCUUGUGGGCCUGAAGUGGAUCAAGCUCUCGUGGAUGCGGUCGCGGACACAUCCAGCACGAGAGACGUUGCUUUGAUAACGGACUUGGUCUGUCAUGGCGCACUUGUAGACCAUGACCACGGCAAAGCACUCAAACUCGCUGUUUCCCAGGCUGACCUGCCAAUCUUACGCUUGCUCUGUAGGGCGAACGUUACUUCGCAAAGUAAAUCUGCAUCUCUACCCCUCCUUUUCGAUACACAAGGAUCUAGACGGUCUGCAACUCUUGCGAUGCUGGAGCUAUUAGUAGCGGGUGGUGUCGAAGAGGGCCCAGCUGCACAAGCCCUCGAGGUCGCUGUCAGAGGUGGCUCCACCAACCUGGAUGUAAUCGAACGGUUGAUAGCUGCCGACGCAAGACUGCUUUCACAAGCGUUCCAAUUUGCUACUUCGCUCAGCAGUGUACCGCACAAAGAAGCUAUCCUCAGGUCUUUGCUCGGAAAAGGCAUUUCACAGGAAACGCUUGACCGAGCUCUCGUUGCCGAGAUUCGCCAAUUGAAGGGUACGGCCGAGUCAACAAUUGCACAGUUGCUCCUUCAGCACGGUGCAUCGAUCAAUUAUAACGGUGGCGAUGCACUUGUAGCAUCUGCAGCAACAGGCAAUAGCUCGCUUGUGAGACUGUUGCUCAGUGGCAGGGACAGUCCUUGGCAGCCUACAGUCACCUCAGCUUUUCAAUCGCUUUUCGACCCCACUAACCUGCGACGACUGAAUCACGCAGCACCGAAUCGAAUGUCCGUUGAUGAGAUGGUUGUAGCUUUACGCCAGGAGGCGUCUCACACCUGUUCCACCGACAAAGAACGUGUGUCUGGCGGUUAUGUUGAGGUUGCAGAUCAGCUUCUUGACCUGGGAGUAGACCAGAACGCGAUCGACAUGGCACUAAGAGCAGUUCUAGACCCGGGGAAUGGUCUUCAUGAGAUCGACUCGAUAGUGGUCCGUCUCUUGGACCACCGCGCAGAUGUCAAUGCCGCCAACGGUGUAUGCUUCGUUUUCGCCGCGAGGCGGAGCUCAACGCUCUUUGCGAAACUCCUUGAAUUUCGACCAAGAUUUGCCGCUCUCUUACCGUCCCUGAUUAGCUCCGGUUUAGACGAGGAGGCACUGCUGGAGUUGAUCCAAGCCUGUUUCAGUCAUGGAUGUACUGCCGAUGACUUAGAUUUGAGCCACCCAACAUCUUUGAUUAUAGCAGUGCAGCAGUAUCCCAGAAGCGAAGUACUUGUUCAGAAAUUGCUCAAUCAUGGCUGCAACCCCGAAGCUUCAUUAUCUGGUGUAGUCGACACUGCAGUAGGCGAAGAGGCCAUCCCCGCUCUCUUAUGGGCUCUGGCGCAACCACAGAAACGGGUCUCGAGCUCGGUGAUCAUCACUCUGCUGCAGGCCGGAGCUUCGUCCACCCGCAUAGCUCCAGUAUCAGAUAUCGCACCUAUAGCUCUUGCUGCACGCGAGGGCCGUGCAGACGUCGUUAAAGUCUUGUUAGAGUAUGGUGCUGAUGCCUCGAUCCGCGACAAACAGGACCGCUCCGCUCUCUUGUACGCAAGUAGUUCCUCGGCCACGUCAGUGGUAGAGACACUCGCGCCGCACGCUCUCAAGAACGACGGCAGUGUCCAUGAAGCUGCACGGAGCUUACAGCUUGAAGCCGUUGCAUUGCUCAUAAAGGCCUCUCACGAUCCUAACUUUCCAUCCCGACACCAUGGCGGACGAAAUGCCCUAGGCGAGCUGUGCUUGAACGUCGAGAUCAACAACAGCAGCCAGCGCUCGAGGACUCGUCAAGUGCUUCGGCUACUCCUUGACAACGGAGCCAAUCCCACCUUCAAAGCCCGAAACGAGAGGUCCACUGUCCAUUUUGCGCUCGACAAUGCCCACGAUCCUCUAAAAGUCGCAGAAACGCUGCUCGAGACUGAGGUCUGGGAGCAGCUCAACGACGAGAAACACAUGUUUCGUGAUGAUAAAGGUCUUUGGUACUCACCCUAUUCGUACGUGGAGCGUAUACCAUCACCUACACGUACCGCCCAAAAACAGGAUCUACUUGGCUACCUACAACAAGGCUCACCCAUCCCAGACCUCCUCCGCGACAAAGGCUGCGCUCCAAAGUUCUACUCCGAGAGUGAAGAUCAACCUCUUGGCGCCAUCGGCAUGCCUGCCGCCGUCGCCCGUCUCGCCGCCCGGCAAAAGGAGCAUCAACUUUCCCUCAAAUUAGCCAAAGAAGCCUCGGAGCACGCCCGAAUGCUCGAACAAACCGCGCACCUGGACCUCCUCCGCCGCAAAAAGGAACAGCAAGAUGCCGAGAUGGCUGCGGCGGAGGCUGCGGCUAGACUUAGCCUAGGGAUCGAGCAGAGACAGCAUGAGGCGAAUGUACAAAGAGUGAGGGAGGCAGAGAGAAUGAAGCGUGCGGAGAGGGUGGCGUGGCAUGCAUUGCUUACGCAGCAGGAGCAUGAGUCCGCCACUCAGCGGGCGCAGAUUGAGGAGCGCAAAUCUAGCGCGGCGUACGCUGCUGAGAAUCGUCUGAUUGAUUCGAGGAAGGGGGAGGUGGAGGUAAGUCAAAUUCUUCUAGCGUUGUUUGAGCGAUUUGCUAACUGCGAGCAGCAUCGAGCUGGACUGGAGAGAAGAGCGUUGAAAGAGAAGGACGAGCAUAUAAGUAAGAAUCUGGCAAUACAGAUGCAGAUCCAGGAUCGCGUUGAUGAGAGUGCGAAAUUGCAUGCUGGGCUGAAUGGUAGGAAGCAGCUUGAGUGGGGAACGGUGGAUUGA